CUGGCAACACUUAAUUUUCGUCUUUAUUCUCGAUAGAGUGCGCUCUUAGUCCACGUUUUUCGUUAGGAAGACAUUUUUAUCUGGAGCCAGGCAACUGAAAUAUAAUUCAAACUGGAAGUCAUGACUGAUUCGUGGGAUGAACCUGCUUCAGGUCCAGUAAUUCAAGAACAGCCCGAAAUAAAAUUAUUUGGCAGAUGGAGCUCGAGCGACGUUCAAGUCAGCGAUAUAAGUUUAACGGAUUAUAUUGCCGUCAAAGAAAAAUAUGCUAGAUAUUUACCUCACUCUGCCGGAAGGUAUGCGACCAAACGUUUCCGUAAGGCCCAGUGCCCGAUCGUGGAGCGUCUGACUAAUUCUAUGAUGAUGCACGGGCGUAAUAAUGGAAAAAAACUGGUUGCCGUGAGAAUCGUGAAACAUGCAUUUGAAAUCAUCCACCUGCUGACUGCCGAAAAUCCGCUCCAAGUUGUCGUGAAUGCCAUAAUUAAUAGCGGACCACGUGAAGAUUCGACGCGUAUAGGAAGAGCCGGCACCGUGCGUCGACAGGCCGUAGACGUCUCCCCUCUGAGACGCGUAAAUCAGGCAAUCUGGCUGCUGUGUACAGGAGCCCGCGAAGCAUCCUUCAGGAACAUUAAAACAAUUGCAGAAUGUUUAGCAGACGAACUAAUUAAUGCCGCAAAGGGUUCUUCUAACAGUUACGCCAUCAAGAAGAAGGACGAACUGGAACGUGUGGCCAAGAGCAAUCGAUAAAUUUUUUUUAUAUUUUGCAAAUGCCUGUGUAAAACUUAUCCAGGAUGAUAAAAUAAAAUGAAACAGAACUGGA